ACGCAAAUUCGCUGCAAUAAAAAAAAAAAAAGAGAGAGAGAGAAAAAAAAGGCAAAAGCUUCAUCGGCAAAAUGUAUUCCACUUCCAGUCCGUGCAAUCUCAGAACUCAAUUCCCCGAAAAUUCCAUAAGCCCUGACUAAUGAUUUUGGAUUCCGUUCUCUGUUCUCCGAUCUUCUAGGGUUCGUCUCCGCUUCGGAAAUUGCUGAACAAUGCCUGUGUCCUGCACGAUUCCAGUUCCACCUUCUUCAUGUCUCCUCUGCGGGAUCUCUAAUCGCAGUGGUGGCAGCAGCAGCUUCAACCUAGAACGCCCGGAUUUUCAGAUUUUAAGCUUCAUCGUUUCCCGAUCGGAUUCCGGCGAAUUCGACGGUCCUGAAUUUUCCGGGCGGUUUCGACGGGAGGGAUGGCGGUGGAGGAGACUGAACGCCGCCGGUGCCAACCAUAUCGUCGAAAAUGCGCCGUCGCGCAGCUCUCCCGCCCCCGCUUCCCCCACCAUCGCCACCAUUGAAAUACCGGUGACAUGUUACCAGAUUCUUGGAGUUUCUGAUCAAGCUGAAAAAGAUGAAGUUGUUAAGUCGGUGAUAAAUUUGAAAAAGAUGGAUGUCGAAGAAGGUUACACAAUGGAAGCUGCUGUAGCUCGCCAGGAUCUGCUCAUGGAUGUUAGGGAUAAGCUUCUUUUUGAACCAGAAUAUGCUGGUGAUGCAAAAGCAAAGAUCCCUCCUAAAUCUCCUCUCAGAAUCCCGUGGGCAUGGCUGCCUGGUGCUCUAUGCCUUCUUCAAGAGGUUGGAGAGGAAAAAAUUGUGCUGGAUAUUGGUCAGGCAGCUCUUAGGCAUCUUGAUUCAAAGCCAUAUAUUCAUGAUAUACUUCUGUCUAUGGCACUGGCUGAGUGUGCAAUCGCAAAGGUUGCUUUCGAGGCUGACAAGGUAUCCCGAGGGUUUGAAGCUCUUGCCCGUGCCCAGUGCCUUCUCAAGAGUAAAGUAACUCUCGGGAAACUUGCAUUGUUGUCUCAGAUUGAAGAAUCAUUAGAGGAGCUUGCACCGCCAUGCACAUUGGAACUACUGGGCUUGCCUCGAUCGCCGGAAAAUGCACAGAGGAGACUAGGCGCAAUUGCAGCGUUACGUGAACUUCUCAGACAGGGCCUUGACGUGGAAGCUUCUUGUCAAAUCCAAGACUGGCCAUGCUUUUUGAUCCAAGCACUUAGCAGGCUGUUGGCCACGGAAAUUGUUGAUCUUCUCCCGUGGAACAGCUUAGCAAUUACACGGAAAAAUAAGAAGUCACUUGAGUCCCACAAUCAAAGAGUUGUAGUCGAUUUUAAUUGUUUCUACUUGGCAUUAAUUGCUCAUAUCGCAGUUGGAUUUUCAAGCAAGCAAACGGAGCUGAUUAAUAAAGCCAAAAGCAUAUGUGAAUGUCUGAUAGCAUCAGAAGGCAUUGAUCUAAAAUUUGAGGAAGCUUUAUGCUCAUUUCUUUUAAAGCAGGGUACUGAGGCAGAGGCCCUUGUGAAACUGAAGCACCUGGAGGCGAAUUCUGACUCUGCUACUCGCGAUUCGAUUUUGGGAAAAAAUCUCAGGAAUACUUCUGCUGCGACUCCAUCAUUGGAAACGUGGCUCAAGGAAUCAGUUCUUGCUGUGUUUUCAGACACAAGGGAUUGUUCACCAUCUUUGACCAAUUUUUUCCGGACUGAAAUGAAAUUUCCAGGGGACAAGAGGUGGGGGUCAACUCCUGUUAUUAAUCACAAGGCGAGUCAUAGACCGCUUUCUGCUAUGAGUCUAGUUAACUCGUCAGAACAUCAUUACACAGCUGUUGAGCAGUUGACACCUUUGGAUCUGCAGAAACCACUGGUAACAGCCAAGAAUGCCGAUGAAAAUACUGGCAACAUGCCAUCCAUUCAGUUGAAAAGGAACCUCGGGCUACAGCAUAACAAAAUAUGGGAAAAUUGGCUCUCACAGAGUAAUUUGAUUAAAAAGGCAUCGAUUGUUGCUCUGUUGGCUUGCACUCUGUUCUUAACUUUAAAGCUAUCGGCCUUUAGGGUUAGUAGGUUAUGGAAUAUGCGCCUUUGGGUAUCUACAAAACCACUCUCGGGCUCAGACUCUUUUCAGUGGAAAUCAGAGUGCCAGAAUUUGAAAACAAACCUUGCUUCCGUGAAUGGAAAUGGCGUUGUUGGGAACAUGCGAACUCUCUUGGACAUGUUUAAGAUAAGGCAUGGAGAGCAUUCAGAUGGCUUAUAUUCGCAAAAUAGCCAUCUCCAAGCUACUUUGACAAACUCUCGGAAGCAUUUGCAAAGGAGACCGAUGCUGACAGAAGAGGCUGAGGACCUUGUGAGGCAAUGGGAAAAUGUUAAAGCUGAAGCCCUGGGACCUAAUCAUCAGAUUGAUAGUCUUUCCGAAGUCCUCGAUGAAUCUAUGCUUGUUCAGUGGCAAACAUUGGCACAAACGGCAAAGGCUAGAUCCUGUUACUGGAGAUUCGUUUUGCUUCAGCUUAAGAUUCUGCAAGCACAUGUUUUGCCCAACGGGAUUGCGGGUGAGAUGGCAAAAAUCGAGGCCCUUCUAGAGGAAGCAGCUGAAUUAGUCGAUGAAUCUCAGCCAAAGAAUCCAAAAUACUACAGCACGUACAAGAUAAAUUAUACUUUGAAAAAGCAAGAAGAUGGGUCAUGGAGAUUCUGCGAAAGUGAGAUUCAGAUUCAGAUUCAGAUUCAGAAAUGACUUCCACAUAGCAUUCACCGGCAAUCGCCUAAUAAUCUCCGCUGGCUCGGUUUCCUCUCUUCAUUAUGGCUCAAGAACUCGGGUUGUGUAGCAUCUGAUCGUAGUAUAAAACUCUGGUUUGUUUAGCCUUUGGUUUUCCGUAAAUCUAACGCGUAGAGAAGAUCGCUCCAGGUUCAUUUCUUAUCCUAGAAACCGAAGUAACAUUGCCCUUGAGAUUCUUUCAUUCGAUACUUUUUGUGGGUAGGCUUUGGGAUUUCUUAUGUAAAAAGUGUAGGAAAAAGCUUUUCGCCACGACUUCCCCUGAGUUUCGAGAAGGCAGCAUCGACACCGGUAGUAUGUACAAUCCCGGUUCUUUCUUUCGUUGUUUCGUUUUUUCUUCACGAAGACACUACAUUAACUUACAAUGUCUCUUGGAAGAUAUCCCAAUGGUGUUCUUUAACAACAAUGCCUGAGGAUAUUUUAGGUUGAUUUAGA